AAAGAGGCUAAAGGUAAUUCCGAAAUGGCCUAUUUGUGUGUAGAUCUGAAAUUUUGCUUUGCGGUUACAAACCUUGUGAUUUGGACAUUUAAAAAUUUUUCCUUCAUUAAAUUUGCUUCCAAGGUGGAGGAGUAUUUUCAAGAUUUUGAUCCUCUUCGUCACGGUUCGAUCAGUAGGAGUCAGUUCAGACGUUGUUUAAGUUUAAUGGGUCAGUCUAACCUGACAGACGAACAGUUUGAAGUGCUAGUGCAAUACUACAGAGACCCUAAGUUAUCCGGCAACGUGAUGUGGACACGAUUCCUUACUGAUACAGAAAGCGUUUUCACCAAGCGAGGCCUGGAGAAAGUCCCGACAUACACAGUGCCCCCCAUGGAGACGUUCCAAAUGAGCAGACCUGGGGCAAGUUCUGAGCAGCCGACCCAAGAUGACGUGGAGUUCCUGGAGCGAAUUAAACAGCGCAUGCGUCGAAAACUGAUCGAACAGCGAAUUCUCUCCAAGCCGUGCUUCCAGGAUUUUGAUAAGCACAACAACGGUCACGUGACGAAGAUCCAAGCAAGCCAGUGUCUACACACACUAGGCCUGACGGAUGAUCCUGAAGAGAUCAGGAUUUUGCAGACAAGAUACUCAGAUGACAUCGGGCUCAACUAUAUCCAAUUCCUGGACGAUCUACAGGUAAUCUUUUUUGCCGCACCUUCAAUGAUAUUGUUUGGAAUUGUACUUAGCCCAGCAGAUGAUGCAAAAUUGAUGGAAAAAUAUGGCAGUGCUGAUCCUAAACGUAAAGGAAUGGUCAGCUACCGCCGCUUCUGUGAAGUUAUUGGUGCAGCCUGGAAUGCUGAUAAUGUGAUGCUAUAUANGCAGUUUUUCAGAAGUUUUCCUGGUUCACCUGAUAUAAUCCAUGAAGAGACAGUCCUACUAGCCAAGAAAUACCGUGACCCUACCCGACCUGGCUUAUGUAACUACUAUAGCUUCCAUGAAGACAUUGAAAGAAUGCAAAGUGCAUUAGCUGAAGAAGAAGACUUCACAAAAUACAUUCCACAACCAGAGUUUAUUGAUGACUAUGGAAAGCGUCCUGGAACACCGACCUUGCAAGAAAUAUUUGAGAAGAUCAGAGAGGCAAUCCACAAGAAUGGAAUACGAACGACAGAGUUCUUUAAAGACCAUGAUAAGCUAAGAAGAGGAGAGAUCACUGAAAAUCAGUUUAUCUGUGGCCUUAGCCUUUGUUGUGGAACGCAGGCUAAUCUGUCCCGUGAAGAGNGGAAAAAUUUCUUUAGUUUUGUUACAAGUAAUCUAACUAAUCAAGAAAAUAAUCUAUUUUUUUUUUUCUUUUCGCAGCUUCUAUGCAAGAAAUUCGAAUAUCCAGUUGGAGGGGAUAUUAACUAUUCUGCUUUCAUUCAAUCCAUUGACUCGGAAUACACCGGUACAGCCACCACCAUUUCAGAUUUUGCACAGAAAGACAAAACUGCAAGUCAGAGCGAAGAACCGCGCCCAUUGGAUCUAAGCACAGUAGACAGACAGGAGUUGAUAGAUCGCAUCAAGCAUUACGUGCUUGUCAACAGACUAAGGGUGGAGGAGUAUUUUCAAGAUUUUGAUCCUCUUCGUCACGGUUCGAUCAGUAGGAGUCAGUUCAGACGUUGUUUAAGUUUAAUGGGUCAGUCUAACCUGACAGACGAACAGUUUGAAGUGCUAGUGCAAUACUACAGAGACCCUAAGUUAUCCGGCAACGUGAUGUGGACACGAUUCCUUACUGAUACAGAAAGCGUUUUCACCAAGCGAGGCCUGGAGAAAGUCCCGACAUACACAGUGCCCCCCAUGGAGACGUUCCAAAUGAGCAGACCUGGGGCAAGUUCUGAGCAGCCGACCCAAGAUGACGUGGAGUUCCUGGAGCGAAUUAAACAGCGCAUGCGUCGAAAACUGAUCGAACAGCGAAUUCUCUCCAAGCCGUGCUUCCAGGAUUUUGAUAAGCACAACAACGGUCACGUGACGAAGAUCCAAGCAAGCCAGUGUCUACACACACUAGGCCUGACGGAUGAUCCUGAAGAGAUCAGGAUUUUGCAGACAAGAUACUCAGAUGACAUCGGGUUCAACUAUAUCCAAUUCCUGGACGAUCUACAGCCGUCGGAGAAACCAGAGAUGAAAUACUUGCAGAGACUGGAAGAACUAAAGCUGACAAACCAGAAACAUUUGCCGGACUUGGGCGACGACAGCAUCGAGAAGAUCAUGUACAAAAUUAAGUGCCGCGUGAUGAAGGAGCGAAUGAGACUGUCGGAGUUCUUUAAAGAUUAUGACAAACUGCGAACUGGUAGAAUACUGAAAACAGUCUUCCCAAGAGCUAUGGACCUGGCGUCACUUAAACUCACUAAAGUUGAGGUUGAGCAGCUUAUGAACAGAUACACAGCAGUGGUUUACCCAGACUAUGUACAGUAUACAGCGCUUGUGGAUGAGAUCGAGUCAAUUUUCACCUUGAAAGAACUUGAAAAAGCACCGGAAGUUGUUCCCGUUCAGUUCCGCCCCCAACCGGAAAACGAAUACUGCAAGCUGUCACCCGAGGAACAGAAAGUCCUGGAUCUAGUCAUGCACCGAUUGGCCGACCGCGUGCGUAUCCGACGCAUUCAGAUUUUCCCGCUCUUUGAGGAUUACGACCGCGUGCAUAACGGCACGGUGUCUCGGUUCCAGUUCCACCGCGUCUUGAGCGAGUUGGACCUAGGAAGCCUGGUGAGCGCGCGCGAGUUCUUGGUCAUCAAGAAAAAGUUCGACGUCGUUUUGGGUUACAAACACGAUUUUAAUUACAUCGGUUUCUGUGACUUGAUCAAUGAAUACGCUAAUUUCGAGCACGGGAAGCCAUGAACUCGAUUUCGAACUGCCUUCAAUACUGCAGUGAAGCUUUUUUGAGGUUUGAGGGGAAUUUCGUAUUUGUGUUCUCACAGAAAAAAAAACAAAAAACUUUGGCAUACAACGAUUUCUGAGUGUAAAUAAAAUGUAUUUUAUUCAACAAAGAAUGCCUUAAAAAGUUAAGUUAGUUCUGUUAGUCCUUUAGAUUGGAGAUCUCUGUAAAAUAGAAACGACUACACAUUAUUUGCCGUUCAGCCAAUUUUAAAAUAAUAGAAAACGCA